AAGAAAAAAAAAAAAGAAAAAGAGCGCGCCCGCCAUCGAGGAUAUAUAACCAAGUCACUCCACUCACUCUUUUACGAAAUGGUUUUCGCAGAUUAAACUCAGUAACAGCGAAUGGCGUUUAACGACUUUUUCGCCGGAGAAAUAGCAACUGAGCUUCUAAAACAGUUACUCUCCAUCUCACGCAAGUCAUGCCUCUGCAAAUCCAGUGCGGACAAUCUCAUUACUAGCAUCGAAGAACUCCUUCCCAUCAUCAAUGAAAUCAAGUACUCCGGCGUGGAACUCUCCGCCAUUCGUCAAUCUCAACUCGACCGUUUCUCCGAGACUCUACGCGGCGGCCUCGAAUUGGCCCGCAAAGUCCUGGCCUCUGGCCGUUGGAACGUCUACAAGAAUCUCCAGUUGGCCCGGAAGAUGGAGAGGUUAGAGAAACAAGUUUCGAGAUUCGUUAGCGGGCCGAUGCAGGCUCACUUGUUGGCCGACGUUCACCACAUGCGCUUCGAAACGAUGGAAAGGUUCGAUCGGUUGGAAGGCCGGUUGGAGCAGAGGCUCAAUUCGAUGAAGAUCGGUGCCGGGGGGUGGGUGGAAGAAGCGGUUAAGAGAAUGGAAGUUGAAGAGGAGGCUAGUUUGGGAAUUUUUAAUGGAGUCGGCUUGGAUUUAGGGAAGAGUAAGGUGAAGAAAAUGAUAAUCGGAAGAGACGAUUUGAACGUUGUUGGAAUUUGUGGUAUUGGAGGAUCAGGGAAAACUACGUUGGCUAAUGAAAUUUGUAGAGACAAUCAAGUUCGAAGUUACUUCAACAACAGAAUUUUGUUCUUAACUGUAUCACAAUCACCGGAUCUGCAACAGUUAAGGGCAAGAAUAUGGGGAUUUCUUACAGGAAACGAGGCCAUGGGUUAUACCAAUAACCUGUUUGUUCCACAAGGGAAGCUACAGUGCGAGUGGGGAAGCGGACCGCGAACUCUGGUUGUUUUGGACGAUGUCUGGUCCCUUUCCGCACUUGAACAACUAAUUUUCAGGAUCCCAACAUAUAAAACUCUGGUCGUUUCAAGAUUUAAGUUCCCGACACCUGUUGUCAACGAAGUUUAUAAUGUAGAGUUGUUGAGGGAAGAUGAAUCAUUGUCCCUGUUUUGUCACUCUGCUUUCGGGCAAAAAUGGAUUCCCCCUACUGCCAAUGAGACUUUGGUCAAGCAGAUUGUUCAUGAGUGCAAAGGACUUCCUUUGGCACUUAAAGUGAUCGGAGCUUCGUUGCGAGACCAACCUGAAAUGUAUUGGGCCAGUGCUAAGAAAAGGUUAUUGCGAGGAGAACCGAUCUGCGAGUCUCAUGAAAACAAGUUGCUGGAGCGGAUGGCAAUAAGCGUGGAAUACUUGAACAAAAAGGUUAAGGAAUGUUUCUUGGAUUUGGGAUCAUUUCCAGAAGAUAAAAAAAUUCCCCUUGAUGUUCUCAUUAACAUGUGGGUUGAGAUACAUGACAUUGACGAGGAGGAAGCAUUUGCCAUUCUUGUCGAGCUUUCUGAUAAGAAUCUACUCACUUUGGUGAAAGACCCACGGGUUGGAGAUGCGUACAGUAGUUAUUAUGAAAUCUGUGUUACUCAACAUGAUGUGUUGAGAGACCUUGCUCUUCAUCUGAGCAAUCAAGGGGAUGUGAACGAGCGAAAGCGGUUGCUUAUGCCUAGAAGAGAUACUGAACUCCCCAGAGAAUGGGAAAGAAACACAGACCAGCCAUUCAAUGCUCAGAUAGUUUCAGUUCAUACAGGAGAAAUGAGGGAAAUGGACUGGUUUCGCAUGGAAUUCCCAAAGGCUGAAGUACUUAUCUUGAAUUUUUCCUCCAAUGAAUACUUCCUGCCUCCUUUCAUAGACGACAUGCCCAAGCUUAGGGCACUUAUUGUCAUAAAUUACGGUACAAAUGAGGCAAUACUUGAGAAUUUUUCAGUCCUCACCAAUCUGGCAAAUUUGCGAAGCCUAUGGCUUGAAAAAACGUGGGUUCCUCAAUUGACCAAUCCCACUGUUCACAUGAAAAACUUGCGGAAACUGUCUAUGGUUCUUUGCAAGGUUAAUAACAGCUUUAAUCCAUCAGUGAUAGACCUGCCCCUGAUCUUCCCUCGUUUAUUGGAGCUCAUUAUUGAUCAUUGUCAUGAUUUGAUUAAGUUGCCAUCGAGCAUUUGUGAGGUGAAUUCACUCCAGAACCUGAGCAUAACCAACUGCCACCGACUAUGUGAAUUGCCUGCUGAUUUGGGUAUGCUGAAGAAACUACAGGUACUUAGGUUGUAUGCUUGUCCAGAGCUGAAGAUGCUACCUCCCAGAAUUGGCGAGCUCAUUGGGUUAAAAUACCUUGAUAUUUCACAAUGCUUUAACUUGAGGUGUCUACCUGGGGAGAUAGUUCGAUUAGCAAGCCUUGAAAAGAUAGACAUGAGGGAAUGCUCACAGAUUGUGAGCCUACCACCACGAACUGCUUUAUCCAACAUGAAGUCACUGCGCCGAAUUAUCUGCGAUGAUGAAGUUUCUUGGCAAUGGAGAUACCUGGAGAAGACCAACCCAAACCUUCAUGUUCAAGUCGCAGAGAAAUGCUAUAGCUUGGACUGGCUUGAUGGCUGAUAGUAAAACAACAUAUUCGCAUAUCAUGUAUCUGUUAAUGUAGAUAUCAAUGUGCAUGUUUUUAAUAAUGCAAUCUUUUUAUGAGUC